GGAAAGUGUUGGUGCACGUAAAUGCAUCCAAGUAUUUUUUCAUAACAUGUAUUAAAAAAUUUUAAAUAAUAAAUAUUAAAGCAAUACCGAUCUGCUAAUCUGUUUUGGUUGGCUAAUAAAUGAAAUCGCGAUGGGCGGCAAAUUGUCUAAGCUUGAUCCAAUGGAAGUCGAAGUUCCUGAUUUGAGUCAGCUAUUAAAUAGGGACGCUUAUUUAAAACCAUACGAACGAGAGUUUCGCAGAAGAUACGCUUGCUUCAGAGAUUAUGUUGAUAAAGUUACUGACCAAGAAGGAGGACUCACCAACUUCACGCAAGGCUACAAAUAUUUUGGCAUCCAUUUUAACCCUGACAACUCUGUAACAUGCCGAGAAUGGGCACCAGGGGCAGAGCAAGUCUUUCUUACUGGAGAGUUCAAUAACUGGAACAGGGAGAGUCAUCCUUUUAUGAAACUUGAGUUUGGCAAAUGGGAACUUUACAUUCCAGCCCACCAAGAUGGCUCAUGUGUGCUAAGCCACUUGUCAGAAGUAAAGAUAGUGAUCAGAACAAAAAAUGGUGAGUUAGUGGAUCGCUUGUCACCUUGGGCCACUUAUGUGGUGCAGCCACCGCGUGAAGAAGGCUUCACGUACAAACAGAAGAUAUGGAACCCUCCACAACACGAGAGGUAUGUGUUUAAGCAUAAACGAGCAGCACGGCCGUUGAGCCUCAGGAUAUACGAGUGCCAUGUCGGAAUAGCAACAGAGGAAGGAAAGGUUGGGUCAUAUCUGGAGUUUGCUCGCAAUAUAAUACCUCGCAUUGUUAAACAAGGAUACAAUGCUAUUCAGUUGAUGGCCAUAAUGGAACAUGCUUAUUAUGCUAGCUUUGGCUAUCAAGUUACCAAUUUCUAUGCUGCAUCAAGUCGUUAUGGAACCCCCGAGCAGCUGAAAGAACUGGUGGACACAGCACAUGCGAGUGGCUUAUUUGUGAUGCUGGAUAUCGUUCACUCUCACGCAUCCAAAAACGUACUUGAUGGUUUGAACCAGUUUGAUGGCACAAAUAGUUGUUUCUUCCACGAUGGUGCUCGUGGGGAUCACCUGCUGUGGGACAGUCGCCUCUUCAACUAUUCAGAAUAUGAAGUGUUAAGAUUUCUACUGUCAAAUCUACGGUGGUACGUUGAUGAAUACAAAUUUGACGGCUUCCGGUUUGAUGGAGUCACAUCAAUGCUGUACCAUUCGAGAGGUAUUGGAGAAGGAUUCAGUGGCAACUAUGAUGAAUACUUUGGAUUAAAUGUAGAUACUGAAGCAGUGGUGUAUCUGAUGAUAGCUAAUCAUAUGCUGCAUACAUGUUAUCCUGAUGUGGUUACAAUAGCGGAGGACGUUUCAGGAAUGCCUGCUCUGUGUCGGCCUGUUACGGAGGGUGGAACAGGAUUUGAUUACAGGUUAGCAAUGGCUAUACCAGACAUGUGGAUAAAAUUAUUGAAGGAAGUUAAAGAUGAUGAUUGGAAUGUUGGCCACAUUGUGCACACACUUACAAACAGACGCUGGUUAGAAAAAACAGUGGCGUAUGCAGAAUCUCAUGAUCAGGCAUUGGUUGGUGAUAAAACAAUUGCUUUCUGGCUGAUGGAUAAGGAAAUGUAUACACACAUGUCCUUAUUAUCAGAGCCUUCACCUGUCAUUGAUCGUGGCAUUGCACUCCACAAGAUGAUUCGACUGAUAACACAUGUUCUGGGUGGAGAAGGCUAUCUAAACUUCAUUGGUAAUGAGUUUGGCCAUCCUGAGUGGCUUGACUUUCCUCGAGCUGGCAACAAUGAUUCUUAUCACUAUGCAAGACGACAGUGGCACUUAGUUGAUGAUAAACUUCUCAAAUACAGAUUUCUGAAUAACUUUGAUGCAGCAGUGAAUAAACUGGAGGAAGAGUAUGGUUGGCUACACAAAGACCCUGCCUAUGUAAGCUGGAAACAUGAAGGCGACAAGUUGAUUGUUUUUGAACGAGCAGAACUGCUGUUCGUGUUCAAUUUCCACCCUACGAAGAGCUUCACCGACUACCGUGUUGGUGUCGAGUCGCCUGGGAAGUACAGGAUUGUACUCAACUCAGAUGACGAGCAGUUUGGUGGUUUCAAGAGCGUGGAUAAUACAACUGACCAUCUCACUUUCCCAGAAAACUUUGCUGGAAGACAACAUUCUUUGUUGGUAUACACGCCCUCACGCACAGCAUUAGUUUUUAGCCGAAUAUAACCCUGCCUGCAGCAAAUGUUUCUCAAGAAGGUUACUUAUGUUUUGUGCCUGUUCCUUUAUUUUCUGUAAGUAUAUUGAUGAAACUAAUUAUUGUUGUACAGACAACAGAUUUUGUAGUCAUUUUAUAGUUCUGCACAUUCAAGGAGCUAAAUUAGAAGCAUGACAUCCUUAGAUGAAAUUGAUUAGUAAAUUAUUUGCAAUUUGUGUUUGACAGUUAGGUUAUAACUUGGUCAUUUGUAGAAGUUGCACAUUAAAAAUUGUCUCAAAAUGUUUGACAUUAAGUGAAAUAAUCAUGUUUGUAAUAAGAGGGUUGAUGGCAUUUGAUUCAACUUGUUAUUUUAACUUGCAACUUACAGUAAUUGCACGUUUGUGCAUAUUACUUGCAUACUAGUUAAAUGUGAGGAGGAAGUCUAAGAAAGAAUUUUAGUGUUUUCAAAGAUAAGAUACGGUCUUCCUAGUUAUUUUGGCUGUGUAUAUUAAGUGUUAAAAUUAUUGUGAAACACUAAAAAAAUUUAUGUAUGAAAAUUUGUUACUAAUUGUAUUUUUAUAUAAAAGUAAUUUAUCCUAUUUACUACACUCAAUUUUUAAAUGUACAAGCAUAUUGAAUUACACAAGUGUUAACAAAUUGUAAACUUUUAAUCUAAUAAAAUUAUUAUUUUACAGUUUCUUUCUAAUAAAAAAAGCUUGGUAGUAA